UGACUUUUUAAAUGAUAUCUGCUUUUGAUUGAACAAAAGACAGAUGUCGGGUUAUCUAUGGUGAUAAUGGUGUUCAAGUUCAAAGAGUGCAGUGGAUGGUGUCAGUUCACAAGAGAGCUGACAACAUAACUGUCCCAGACCCACCAAAGCCAUGGCCGAGUCAGAGGGUCAGACUAUGCAGCCUAUGCUUAACAAUGGUCCCAGGCCUGCACAGGAGGGCAUGAAGGGUCCCCAGUAUUUCUUCACCAUUGCAGCCACCAUGAGUGCGUUCUGUGCGGGUACUGCGCUAGCUUGGACUGGUCCCGCUCUGGAGGUGAUCGUAGCUGUGGGUAACGCCACGCGAGACCCAGACACCAUCUCUAUCACUGAGGAGCAAGGCUCAUGGGUCGGUGCACUCAUGCCAGUAGGAGCCCUGGUAGGGGCGCUGCCUGCUGGCUACUUCUGCAAUCUCUUUGGCCGCAAACUUGUCUGCAUCUCGCUGGCCAUCCCCUUUAUCAUCAGCUGGUGUCUCAUAACAAUGGCAUCAAGUGCAUGGGAGCUGUACAUUGCCAGACUCAUCGUAGGUGUAGCUACUGGAGCCUCCUCAGCUGUUGCUCCCAUGUACGUUGGGGAAAUUGCUGAGAGCUCAGUCAGAGGUUCUUUGGGCUCAUUUUUCCAGUUGAUGAUAACAGUUGGAAUCCUGUACGUUUACGUUCUUGGUGCAUGUGUAUCAUACACUACUUUGGCCAUCAUGUGUGGCAUUGUCCCCAUUGGCUUCCUCCUGAUGUUCUUCAGAGCCCCUGAAACUCCAGUCUAUCUCCUGCAGAAGAAUCGUCGAAGUGACGCUGAGGAAUCUCUGAGGAGACUGAGAGGGCCGUACUAUGAUGUCAAGAAUGAAGUGAAUGAGCUCCAAAGAGAGCUCGAGAAGUCUUCAGAUAACCAAGCUUCAAUAAGCGAUAUAUUCAAGAGGAAAUCUGCUCUACGAGGCCUUCUGAUUGCAUUGGGCUUGAUGACCUUCCAACAACUUUCAGGAGUAAAUGCUGUUAUUUUCUAUGCUAAUGCUAUAUUCAGGGAUGCUGGAAGUACUUUGAGCCCCUCUGUUUCAGCUAUAAUUGUAGGAGUAGUCCAAGUAAUCGUUACUUAUGCUUCUUCCCUCCUUGUAGACAAAGCCGGACGUAGAAUUCUUCUGCUGAUCUCAGCUGUAGUGAUGGCAAUCUGUCAAGGAUUGCUCGGCUUCUAUUUCUACCUACAAGAGAGUGGAAGUGAUGUCAGUAGUUUAACAUUAAUCCCACUCUCAAGUGUUGUCCUCUACAUCAUCAUAUUCUCCUUGGGUUUUGGUCCUAUCCCCUGGAUGAUGACUGGGGAAUUGUUUGCACCUGAUGUGAAAGGUCCAUCGACUGGAAUAGCUGUUGGACUCAACUGGCUGUAUACAUUUAUAGUUACAAAAACCUUUACUCCUUUCAAGAAUCUGUUGGGCAUGGGUGUUACAUUUGGCAUAUUCAGUGUCAUAUGUGCAAUAGGAGUGGUGUUUGUCCUGUUAAUGGUUCCUGAGACUAAAGGAAAAAGUUUAGAUGAAAUUCAACAAAUUUUAGGUGGUAAGAAACCAAAAAGAAACAAUGUAGUUGCAUGAUUAAUUAAAAUUUUAUAAUGUUUGUGUCUUUGAAUGAACUGUAAAUUUUCAUACUUUAGGAUAUGAACUUAACAGGGUAAUUAUUUAAAAGACAAAGACUGGCAAUAGCUGUGAUUUUAUCUUUGUUUCACUGUCAAUAACAGUGAAUUGAUUUUUAAUAUUAAGUAUAGCUUAAUAAUUACGAAUUUAGGUUAAUAUUUUUCUAAAAAUAUGUUGAUUCUAUUUUAUAUCGAAUCUUGUCUAUUUUUAUACACCUUGGUUUAAGUUAUUGUAAUAAAACUCAUAAGAAAUCUCAACAAAUUGAUAUUCUUUUAUUAAAAAAUAUAAUAAGAACAACAAUAAUUGGCUAUUUUUUCUAAAAUAUUCUCACUUAUGGACAGUAGGUAAAAGUGUGUCCUGUGUAUAUGUUGUCAUUUUAUGUACACAUAUAGUAAAAUAAUUGUAUGAUAAUAACUUUAAGUGAGGUUCCUGAUGAAUAAGAUUAUGCAAGUUAUGGUUUUAUAAUAGUUAAUUAAUAUUUGAAAUUGGUAUAGAAUGCUAUUUUAUUGUAAAAACUGUUGAACAUUCUACUAUAUGAACAUACAUUAUAUAGUCCACCUAAUAAUGUAGUUUUGUAUCAUUAAUAUUACAUUUGUCAAAUAGUUGACAUUAAUUAUUCUUAUAUAAUUGACUAUGGCCAGUGACUAUGUGCAAUAUUUUGUAAAUAAUAAUUUAUAUAGUGCUAUAAUUUGUAUUUGCACAUUAAUUUGUACAAACAUAUUUUAAGUCUUAAUGUUUGGAAUGCUAAUGUUUUAUAGUUAAAAUUGAUUAGUUAUAUAAAAUAAAUAUUUACUGUAUAUAGAAAAUUUGUGUUACAUUUCCUUGAACAUAAAAUGCUAGUAAAUAAAUAAAAUAAUUUUGAAGAAUUUAAAUACAAUUUUUAUGACAAUCUAGAAGAAAAUAACUAAACAGUCUUUGCUAUACUCUAAAUGAAUUUAGUAGGCACCUAAUGGGUGACAAAAUUAACAGUGAACACUUUAACUUUCCAAAUGUAAUAAGUGUACUUUAAAAAUUAAAACCGUGUUUUAUAAAAAGGAAUUUUUAAUCAAUAACA